GAAAAAGAUGACCUUCUCUUCAAGCCAAAAGGCAGGAUACAGAGUAUUGAAGCAAGAUGAGGAAGGUGAGCCUCUCAUGAUACGAAAGGCGCACUCGAGUUGUCAGAGAGGACUCUGGCUAGUUUCUAUAUUGAAUAUUACUCUAUUCAUUUGGACCAUAUCUUCGAUUGCGUUUGGAGACAUUGCCAAACGCCGUGUGCGCAAUCGACCAUUGAAUGAGGUUAAUACGUAUUCACCGCUGCUCGAAGAGAUAGACAUCCAAUUCUACACCACGAGGGUUAACGGUUCUCUAUUCAAUGACCCACCAACCAUAUGGCGGGAUCCACCAUCCAACGAAGUCGAUGCAGCGUGGGACGAAAUCGCCAAGAUAGAGCUGUUCACUGUCUCAGGAGACGAAGUAAGGCGAAUGGGGAAGGAUCCAGGGCGAACGGCGCAGGCGCCAGAGAGCUGGGGCCUGGGUGCAGAUAGGCACAUCGUGCAGUUGGACGGCCAGCAUGUGCUGCAUUGCCUCAACUCGCUGCGGAAAUACGCUCACUACGACUACUACUACCGUCCCCAGUAUGGCGACAAGCUGCCAGCGCUGCACGAGGCCCACAAGUCGCAUUGCACUCAUAUCUUGUUGCAGGCUUUGACGUGCCAGCCCAGUGUGAAUCUGAUUACACAUGACUGGAUGGAAGAACAGAAACAUCCAUGGCCAGACUUCAAUAUCGAGAGGAAGUGUCAAAACCACGAUGCUUGGAUCGAGUACCAGAGCCGGAAGAAAAUAACGACAGAACAAUGGAGGACUAUCCCUAUCCCAGACAAUGUAGUGAAGUUACCGCUUCUUCCCCAGUUAGGGGAUAUGGAAGACCCCGGAGAUCACAGACGAGUGUAG